AUGCUACACAUGUAUUUCAUUGACUACAUUGUGCUGAGCCCAUCGACUGCAAACAAGGUGCUCCAGGAAGAAUUGGAUUGGUCAGUUUCCCGGCCAAGUUCUCGAGCAAAUGGCCAGUCACUGAACAUCAGUGACAAACAAGCUUUCAUCAAGAGCCUCACUGCGAAUGAGUACGACUUCUACCUGAAGUACCGAUCUCUUGCUCCUCGGGGACUUUACAGCCUGAACCAGAAUCCACGCGUGAGGGGAAUGAAGUCAAAGCUGAACCAGGACAUGUCAACGUUGAUCAAGAGCGGUACACUGUGGUUCUCAGACUAUCAUUCCAGAUGGUUGUCUGCAAUGGAGGCAUUGACAUGCCAGGGGUUUCCAGUGCACGCCAAGUGGAGCUAUGGUGAGCCGUGCUGCAGCUUUGCAAUGCGAAAUUUAGGAUUGUCCACCGCACCACUACCUGGACGCUCUGCUAUCAUUGGACAAGCUGGAAACAGCACACACACAAGCAUCAGCUUGCAUCCUUACAUAUUGCCUCAUGGAGAUCAAGAUUGA